CUUUUCCCCCUCCACCAUCUUGAAGCACGGGCUGGAUCCCUCCAAGUCCAGUCUCACCUCCAUUCUUGCCUCUCACACCCAUCGAUACACCACUGCCAUUACAAUGCCUCCCGCAGCCAUGCCCCAAGAGGACGUCGUCCUGCACAAUGUGCCCAUCAGCGUCACUGGCGCGGCCCGCAUGGAGCAGAAGCUUGAGGACAAGCCUUACGGCGAUCGCCCCAUCUCUGCCGUGUCUGUGAACCCCUCUUCCCAUGGCCUCGACACGUUGGGCAUCGGCAACACGCUCGAGGAGCACUGGAACCUGCCCUCGGCGGCUCUCUACGAGCACGCCAUUCAGCGCGGUGAGGGCCGCAUCGUCCACCUUGGCCCCCUCUGCGUCCGCACUGGCAAGCACACGGGUCGUGCCGCUGGCGACAAGUACUUUGUCAAGGAGCCCGGAAGCGAGGAGCACAUUGCCUGGGGUGGCGGCAACCAGGAGAUGUCCGAGCAGAACUUUGAGUGGCUCUACCGCAAGGCCACCGCCUACUACCAGAACCGCUCCGUCUACGUCAUGGACGUCAAGGCUGGCCAUGACAGCAAGAACUGCCUCCCCGCCCGCGUUGUCACCGAGACGGCCUGGCAUGCCCUCUUCGUUCGCACCAUGUUCAUCCGUCCCGAGGACGAGGAACUGGGCGACCACGUGCCCCAGUUUACCGUGCUCCACGUGCCCGGUAUGAAGGCCAACCCCGCCGAGGAUGGCACCAAGUCAGAGACCUUUAUCGCUCUUCACAUGACCCGCCGCGUCGCCAUUAUCGGUGGCACCUUUUACGCUGGUGAGGUCAAGAAGUGCAUCUUUACCGCCUGCAACUACUACUUUCCCCUCCGAGGCGUGCUCACCAUGCACGCCGCCGCCAACAUGGGCAAGGAGGGCGACGUUGCCGUCUUCUUUGGCCUCUCUGGCACUGGCAAGACGACCCUGUCGGCGGAUCCGGAACGUGACAUUAUCGGUGACGACGAGCACUGCUGGAGCGAUGACACCGUCUCCAACAUUGAGGGCGGCUGCUACGCCAAGGUCAUCCGCCUGAGCAAGGAGGCUGAACCCGAUAUCUGGCGCACCACCCGCCAGUUUGGCACCAUCAUUGAGAACGUCGUGAUGAACCCUGUCACGCGUCGCCUGGAUUUGAGCGAUGGCAGCAUCACUGAGAACACUCGUGCGGCCUACCCGCUCCAUUUCAUCAAGAACCGUCGCGAGGACGGUCUUGGUGGCAUCCCCACCAACGUCGUCAUGCUCACAUGCGAUGCCUUUGGCGUGCUGCCCCCCAUCAGCAAGCUCACCGCGCACCAGGCCUCAUUCUGGUUCCUCUCUGGCUACACUGCCAAGGUUGCCGGCACGGAGCUGGGCGUCAAGGAGCCCCAGGCCACCUUCUCGGCCUGCUUCGGUCUGCCCUUCAUGCCCCUGCGUCCCACCGUCUACGCAAAGAUGCUGCGCGAGAAAAUCGAGAAGCACAACGUCCACGUCUGGCUUCUCAACACCGGCUGGACCGGUGGUGCCUACGGCGAGGGCAAGCGCUUCAGCAUUCAGAUGACUCGCAAGCUUCUUUCCUCGGCCCUCAACGGCCACCUCACUCAGGUCGAAUACACCACCGACUCCAUCUUCAACCUCUCGUUCCCCAAGUCUUGCGAGGGCGUUGAGUCUGAGCUGCUUGACCCCCGCAACACCUGGUCGGACAAGGCUGCCUAUGAUAAGCAGGCCAAGUCCCUGGCUGCUGCCUGCGUCAAGGCGUUCAAGCCCUACGAGUCCCUCGUGGACCCGGCCGUGUUGGCUUCUGGUCCCAAGGCCGAGUAA